GUCCUUUUAACUUUGUGUCGCCAAUCUGACACAUGUUCAAAAUAGGUUAAGUUAACAUAUUGUCAAGUAAUUGCAAGUAAUUUUGGCAAAAUGUCCAAAAAACGUAACAACAAGAAAAAUUUGGAUGAUGACUUCGAAGACGACGUAAAAAGCAACGUUUCAAAGGACGACAACAAAGCGAUAACCUCAAAAACGGCCAAGAAUAAAGGUAACAAAAAAGGAAAAAAAGGCAAAAAGGACGAUGAUUGGAGUGACGACGACAACGAUAUUAAGAAAGAUCCAGUAUUAGAAAGUGGCGAUACAAACGGUGCUUCUAAACCAGAACCUGCACCUAAGAAAAAAGGUGGAAAAAAAGGAAAAGGAAAUAAAAACGAUGAUGAUGAUGGAUGGGGCGAUAAGGAGGUCGACAUUGAUCUAAAACUCUCUGAUGUGGAGGAUAUAGUGGUGGCGCCAGUAAAAAAAGGAAAAAAGGGUGGCAAGAAGAAGAAAGCUGGGAGUGAUGAUGAAGAGGAUGAAAUCAUCAAUGCGGGGAAGGGAUCGCGCAAUGCCUUUGCUAAUUUAGAAGUAGAAGAUGAUGAAGAAGAAGAGAUCCCAAAGCCAAAGAGCAAAGAUAAAUCGAAAAAGAAUAAAAAAGAUUCAAAGAAGCAGAUUGUGGAAAGUGAGGAAGAAGAUGAAGCUCCAGUUGCACAACAAAACAAUGCCUUUGCCAAUUUGGAUGUAGAAGGAGAAGAAGAAGAAGUAGAAGAAGAAAAACCUAAGAAAAAAACUAAAGAGAAAACUCCAGAAGCAGACUUAAAGAAAAAAACAGAAUCUGAGGAACUGAAUGAUGAAGUGGAACCAGCAGAUAAAGUUGAGAAGUCAACUGAAGAAAUUACGGAUGCAGUUAGUUCUAUGUCAAUCAAAGAUGAAAAAAAACUGACCCAUAAAGAAAAGAAAAAACUGAAAAAGCAGCAAGAAUAUGAAAAACAGAUGGAGACCAUGCUGAAGAAAGGUGGACAAGGUCACUCUGACUUGGACAGCAAUUUCACUGUGUCACAGGCUCAAAAGUCUGCUGGUCAGAUGGCAGCCUUAGAAAAUGCUGUUGAUAUAAAGAUUGAAAACUUUAGUAUAUCCGCCAAGGGUAAUGAUCUUUUUGUAAACGCUAAUUUAUUGAUUGCACAAGGAAGACACUAUGGUUUAGUGGGGCCUAAUGGACAUGGUAAAACCACAUUACUUAGACAUAUAGCGCAACGAGCAUUCGCAAUUCCGCCAAAUAUUGAUAUAUUAUAUUGUGAACAGGAAGUAGUUGCUGAUGAUAUGAGUGCUGUAGAAACUGUACUAAAAGCUGAUGUGAAAAGAACUGAAUUACUAGAAGAAUGUAAAAAGCUUGAAAAGAGUUUUAAUGAAGGUCAACUUGAUGUUCAAGAGAGGCUUAAUGAAGUUUAUGCAGAACUGAAAGCUAUUGGCGCUGAUUCAGCUGAGCCAAAGGCUAGAAGAAUUUUAGCUGGUUUAGGAUUUGAUAAAGAAAUGCAGGAUAGAGCCACUAAAAAUUUCUCUGGAGGUUGGAGAAUGAGAGUCUCCUUAGCUAGAGCUUUGUACAUUGAACCAACAUUAUUGUUGCUUGAUGAACCUACCAAUCACUUGGAUCUUAAUGCUGUAAUUUGGCUGGAUAAUUACUUGCAAGGCUGGAAAAAGACACUUCUCAUAGUUUCUCACGAUCAGUCGUUCUUGGACAAUGUUUGUAAUGAAAUCAUCCACUUGGACAAUCAGAAAUUAUACUAUUAUAAAGGAAAUUACUCAAUGUUUAAAAAAAUGUACCAACAGAAACGCAAGGAAAUGAUUAAGGAAUACGAAAAGCAAGAGAAACGACUCAAGGAAUUGAAAUCUCAUGGUUCAUCAAAGAAGGCCGCGGAGAAAAAACAAAAAGAAGCCCUCACAAGGAAACAAGAGAAAAACCGAUCGAAAAUGCAAAAACAAGACGAUGAGGUUACCACAACUGAAUUACUUCAGAAACCCAAGGAUUAUCUUGUUAAAUUUUCAUUUCCAGAACCUCCUCCACUUCAACCACCAAUUCUUGGACUUCACAAUUGUACUUUUGCUUAUGAAGGCCAAAAGCCCCUUUUUGUCAACACUGAUUUUGGUAUUGAUAUGUCCAGUAGAGUUGCUAUUGUUGGACCUAAUGGUGUUGGAAAGUCUACAUUCUUGAAACUUUUAGUGGGUGAAUUAUCACCUAAUCAAGGAGAAGCUAGAAAAAAUCAUAGAUUGCAUAUAGGAAGGUUCGACCAACACUCUGGAGAGCACUUAACCGCCGAAGAAACUCCUGCUGAAUAUUUGAUGAGGUUGUUUGAUUUACCAUAUGAAAAAGCUAGAAAACAAUUAGGUACUUUUGGAUUAGCUAGUCAUGCUCACACAAUUAAAAUGAAAGAUUUGUCUGGUGGUCAAAAGGCUAGAGUAGCUUUAGCUGAAUUGUGCCUUAACGCUCCUGAUGUUAUUAUUUUGGAUGAACCUACAAAUAAUUUGGAUAUAGAAUCCAUUGAUGCUUUGGCCGAGGCAAUAAAUGAAUUUAGCGGUGGUGUUAUCAUAGUAUCUCACGACGAAAGGCUUAUUAGGGAUACUGAGUGCGCAUUGUAUGUUAUAGAAGAUCAAACUAUUAACGAAUUAGACGGAGAUUUCGAUGAUUAUAGAAAAGAAUUAUUGGAGAGUUUGGGAGAAGUUAUCAAUAGCCCAAGUAUUGCUGCCAAUGCUGCAAUUGCUUAGAACAAUUUUUCAGUUUAUUAUACAUUUACUUCAAUUUACACCCACCCCUAUUGGUUUUUAUAAAUAUAUUCGUGAUUUUAGAAUUGAUUGGAAUUUUACUAAUGGCAUAUUAAAUGAUUUUUCUGAUUA